AUGGUUCAAGGUCCGCGAAAGGGCAAAACCUUAGAAUUUAUACCCGGAUCCAAGGUCCGAAUCGGCCGUGUUGUUCGGGGCAACAACCUCCCGAUCAAAGACUCCGGCAUUUCCUUUAAGCACCUCUUCAUCGAAUCUGAAUCAGGCAAAUGGGUUCUCCGAUACCUUGACUCCUUAAAUCGCACUGUUUUGAAUAGGUCGGAUAUCCCCCCAAAUACGCCUGUGGAUCUCACCGACGGCAACGAAAUCAAAAUCGGUGAGUACACUUUUGUCGAGGUAAGGAUCGCCAACUACGAAGAGAGUCGAUUGAGAUGGAACCCUAGGCGUUUGGCGACGGCAGUGGAAGCUAUUGCGGUGCUGGUUUCGGAGAGUCGGGGAAGGAGAGGUAGGGUUGCGAAAGAGAGCGAUGAGAUAGCGGAGGUAGAGAGAGUGAAUGUUGAGAAAAUUGAGGUUGCAGGGAAACGAGGAAGGGGCCGACCACCCAGAGCUAAGGUUUUGAAGACUAAAGCUAUAGAGGAGAAGCCUGUAGAGGAAAAUUUGGCACAACAAGUGGAUACGAGGAAAACUCGAAGCUCUAGGAUCGAGGAAUUCGGGAAGAUCCCAGGUACUGCCGGAACCUCCACAGUCUCCGAUGCUGGCGGUGGGGAUGGCCUUUAUUCCAUUCCUCAAUCGUCGUACCAAUCUGGAUAG